UCGCACGAACACAUACACAAUGUCGCGUUAGCUGUGUAUACGUUGAACAUAUAUAACGCGAGUACUAUGCGACGAAGUUGAAGGCCAGAUCAAUCUUUGCUGUGAAGUUUGAGAAUAAUUACUCUCGUCAUUCGCCGAGCACAACUGCCGUAAUUUAAGGAAUAAUGUUGAACAGUAUAACAAAGCAUAUUUUGCACUGCUGCCUGUUGCUUGUGGUCAUACUAGUAUUCGAAUUUGUAUCCGGAGGCCUUCAGUGGAAUACAGACAAGAAGGAAGAGAUUGACUCAUGGACAAGAUAUGGCAUUAUUGGUGCAAUCACUUUGUACCUGUUACGAACAGUGACAUUUCUUUCCUUUCCCCAAGUUCUAUUCAAUUUUAUAGGAUUAACGAUAUACAAUGCAUUCCCUGAUAAAGUAAUCUUGAAAGGCUCACCCCUGCUUGCACCAUUCAUUUGUAUAAGAAUAGUGACCCGGGGAGAUUAUCCCCAAUUAGUGAAGACAAAUGUGAAGAGAAAUUUAGACAAAUGUAUAGAGGCUGGUCUCGAGAACUUCCAAAUAGAAGUGGUGAGCGACAAGCCAAUAGGUUUAACGCCGCAUCGCCGAGUGCGAGAGGUUGUUGUCCCACCAAAUUAUCGCACAAGUAGUGGUGCCUUAUUUAAGGCUCGUGCUUUACAAUACUGCCUUGAGAGCUCGGUAAACGAAUUGGCUGAUCAUGACUGGAUUGUCCAUCUUGACGAGGAGACUCUUAUGACUGAAAAUUCUGUUCGUGGCAUACUGAACUUUGUACUGGAUGGUAAACAUCAAUUUGGUCAAGGAUUAAUCACAUACGCUAAUGAGGAUGUUGUUAAUUGGAUUACAACCCUAGCUGAUAGCUUCAGAGUAGCAGACGAUAUGGGAAAGCUAAGAUUACAGUUCACCAUGUUUCAUAAACCAUUUUUUAGCAUGAAAGGGUCCUAUGUUGUUACACAGAUGGGAGCAGAAAAACAGGUUUCAUUUAAUAAUGGAUUGGAUGGAUCUGUUGCGGAAGACUGUUUUUUUGCAAUGAAAGCGUUUUCCCAAGGAUACACGUUCAACUUUGUAGACGGUGAAAUGUGGGAAAAAUCGCCGUUUAGUCUAUGGGACUUUGUACAACAGAGAAAAAGAUGGCUACAAGGUAUAUUACUUGUCGUGCAUUCCAAAGCGAUUCCAUUAAGAAAGAAAUUGUUGCUGGGUAUUUCGUGUUACUCGUGGGUGACGAUGCCUCUUUCUACUUCUAAUAUCGUUUUGGCUGGAUUAUGCCCGAUUACUUGCCCGCCAUUGAUCGACUUUCUUUGCGCGUUUAUCGGUGCGGUAAAUAUCUACAUGUAUGUGUUCGGAGUAGUUAAAUCAUUCUCCCUAUAUCGUUUUGGUGUUGCCCGAUUUAUGUUGUGUAUAUGUGGUGCAUUAUCCACUAUUCCGUUCAAUAUAAUAAUCGAGAACGUUGCCGUGAUAUGGGGCGUGUUCGGCAAGAAACACAAGUUUUAUGUCGUUAACAAGGAGUACAGGCCGUUAGUGACCGUAUGAUGCGUCAUCAGUUUAGAGCUAUUAUCUAACUGGUGCAUACUUAGCGCAACAGCAUAAUGUUUCCAUUGUGCAUGUGCAUAAUUAGUACCUGUAAAUUUGCAUAGGAAAAUAUCACUGUCACAAACUAAAAUAUUUAUGACUAGUAUUACAUAGGAAUUACACUAAAUUCCCAAGAUAGAUUGAUUUUGAAACAGGCAAAAGUGAAUGGUGUAAUGCAUACAGCGAUAGAUAGGCGCAGUAUUAAAAACAUUUUACAUUGGCAUUAAAACAUUGCCAAAUUUGUUAAAAGUAUUAAUAUGUCAAAAGUAUAUUUAUGCUAAUAUCAUUCUUAUAGUGCAAAUUAUACAUGUCAUACAUACUUUGAUCUCAUGCAAAUGUCGUGUAAAUGUUUAGCAUUCGUUAAGUUACAUAUCAUUUUACAUGUUCCUUUCCUUGCAUCAAUUUUUAUCAUGUUGAGAAAUAUUUAAUUUUUGCCAUAUCACAACAUUCUUGUCUUAAUAUUGUUUCACGAAGUGUUAUGCAUAUUACAAUAUUUUUAUAUUAAUAAUGAUGUCUAAAACAGAGAUUCGAACUUGAAUCCAGAAAAAAUAUUUCAGUUCAGUUACGGUUUAACAAAAAAAAAAAAAAAAAAGAAUAAUUGUUCUGCUUUCAAUUUCAAUUUUUUAGCUAAUGGCUAAAGAAGAAAACUGGAAUCAUUUAAAUUAUGAGUUUUUUUCGUUCGUGACUAUAUAGUUCUACAAUUAUUUUCUCUAAAUUUUUUAUUGGUUUAUUAAACACUGUAAUUUUUUUAUCAAUUUAAUCGUCUCUUUUUGACAUUUUUUUUAUACAUAGUCCAAAUUUUGAUUCGUAAUAUAAAGCGUUUGUUAAAAUUUUAUAAAGAAAAUAAUAGUUAAAAUAGUAUAAUAGUAAAAAUAAUUAAUUGCAUAUUAAGACUAAAAAAGAAUAAAAGAAAGUGAAUUUUAUCGGCCCAAUUAUAAUUUUGAUAUUAUAAACUUUGCAAAAUUUUUGUACGAUUUAUAGUUUUAAUUUAACUAAAUAAAGGAUUAUGAAACGGUUAUUGAUUCCGGUUCCAUUUUAGUUUGGGUAUAAAAUGUCUGAAAUUUUUAUUUAUUUUUGUUUAUCUUUUUUUUUUAAUAGUAAUAAGUCAUUUUUUUAAAUACAUUAUUAAUUCGGAAAACUGUGAUAAAUCUUACUUUCUUAUAUAACAUAUUAACAAUAACCUCGUUUAAAAAAUACAAAAAUUUCUAUUAAAUUUAACGCGCAAACACAUAUUUUUUUUAAAUGAUAUAUAUAGAAUGAGUCAUAAAAUAUUUCGUUAUCUCACAACAAAGUAUACAUAUACAACUUUAUUAUUUUGGACUUUAUAUACUUUUAACUAAUGACAAAGUAUAACGAUUUAUUCAUAACAUCAAUAUAAUUGAUAUAUGUAUACUGUAUACUUAAUAAAGUUAAUUUAAUUAUUUACCAAGAUAUGAAAAUUUUUGUAAGAUAUAAAGACAUGUAUUACAUGUUGUUUCUUCAUAAAAUUGGCAAAUCAUAUAUUUCCUAUAAUUAAUUAGCGUUUUAAAAAUUAUUAACAAAUUAUAAAAAUAUGUACGAAAGAGUUGCAAACUUUAAUAAAAAGAUAUAAAUAAUAAAAUUUAAAUUACUUUAAAAAAAUCUAUUAAAUUAAAUGUUGAAUAUUAGAUUGCCGUAUUCUUAAUAUUAUAUUCUUAAAAGGAACGUAAGUCCAAUGUUAAAUUUUUUAGAUAAUGCAAUUUUAUUAUGCAUUGUAUGAAAUUUUACUCAUUACAUACAAAGAAUUAUUCGUUAAAAAAUUUAUGUAAAGAAAUAAAUUGCCAUUUUGUUGCAAUUAUACAUUUCUAUUGAAACAUUUUGUAUUAACAUUUUUUAUAUCAUCAUUCACAAUUCUUAUCUUUUAAAGGUUUUUUAAUAGCUUUUUUAAUUUACUAAUCAUAUUAGGGCUUCCUGAAGUUUUAUAUCAGAAGCUUAUUCACAACUCCGUAAAUAUUUUAUCAUUUAUGACAAAAUUAUGAAAUGUUUUAAGGAAUAACAAAGCAAUACGUUUAGCAAGACUUAUACUAUCUAGUCAAGAAGGUAUAAAGCACGUAAAAUUUCUGUCAUAAUACACUUAUAAAUAAUUAAUAUACUUUUAUUAGCACUAUAUUAGUGCAAUGAUAUUAUUUCCAAAUCUUUUGUGUUCAAGUGAAAAAAAAAAAGAAUUAUAUUUCUACAGAUAUGUCCGGGAGUAUUUUCACUCUUUAAUAAUUACAUUUUAUUGAAAUUUUACACAUAGAUUAACAUUACAUAUGAUUAGUG